GCUCCAGCUCUGCUACAGAGAGGCUCUUUGCAUAUGUCAAGCUGGACAGCGACGUGGACACCCUCAGAGUGGCCUCUCUCCAUUGACAAUAAAAGUGUGUUUUGCUUUUUGAUGAAUGGAUUUGGUAAAAUGUCUUCUCACUCUUUCCUAGACAUCGCCUGGUGGUAUUACCAGUAUCAGAGAGAUAAGAUUGAAGAUGAGCUGGAGAUGACCAUGGUUUGCCAUCGGCCCGAGGGACUGGAGCAGCUCGAGGCCCAGACCAACUUCUCCAAGAGGGAGCUGCAGGUCCUUUAUCGGGGCUUCAAAAAUGAGUGUCCCAGCGGUGUGGUCAACGAAGACACAUUCAAGCAGAUCUAUGCUCAGUUUUUCCCUCACGGAGAUGCCAGCACGUAUGCCCAUUACCUCUUCAAUGCCUUCGACACCACCCAGACAGGCUCCGUGAAGUUUGAGGACUUUGUAACCGCUCUGUCGAUUUUACUCAGAGGAACUGUCCACGAGAAACUAAGGUGGACAUUUAAUUUGUAUGACAUCAAUAAGGAUGGAUAUAUAAACAAAGAGGAGAUGAUGGACAUUGUCAAAGCAAUCUAUGACAUGAUGGGGAAAUACACAUAUCCCGUGCUCAAAGAGGACACUCCCAGGCAGCACGUGGACGUCUUCUUCCAGAAAAUGGAUAAAAAUAAAGAUGGCAUCGUAACUUUAGAUGAAUUUCUUGAAUCAUGUCAGGAGGAUGACAACAUCAUGAGAUCUCUCCAGCUGUUUCAAAAUGUCAUGUAACUGGUGACACUCAGCCAUUCAGCUCUCAGAGACAUUGUACUAAACAACCACCUUAACACCCUGAUCUGCCCUCGUUCUGACUUUACACUCCAACUCUUGGGACAGAAACACCUUUUACACUUUGGAAGAAUUCUCUGCUGAAGACUUUCUAUGGAACCCAGCAUCAUGUGGCUCGGUCUCUGAUUGCCAACUCUUCCUCCUUUCUCUUCUUGAGAGAGACAAGAUGAAAUUUGAGUUUGUUUUGGAAGCAUGCUCAUCUCUUCACACUGCUGCCCUACAGAAGGUCCCUCUGCUUGAGCUUAAACAGUAGUGCACAAUAUUCUGCUUAUGUGCCCCCAGCCCACUGCCUCCAAGUCAAGCAGACCUUGGUGAAUCUGGAAGGAAGAGGACCUGAGCCAGAUGCACACCAUCCUCUGAUGGCCUCCCAAACCAAUGUGCCUGUGUCUCUUCCUUUGGUGGGAAGAAUGAGAGUUAUCCACAACAAUUAGGAUCUGUCAUGACCAGAUUGGGAGAGCCAGCACCUAACAUAUGUGGGAUAGGACUGAACUAUUAAGCAUGGCACUGUCUGAUGACCCAAACUGCCCAUGUCAUUUGUUUCCAGAAACAAAGACCAAUAAUUCUCUCACACUAGCAUUUGUGCUGGUAGUGCAAGUCCUUUAACAUGUCCAGGAAGGGAGCCAUUGCCCAGUGGUCCAUAUCUCCACCCCAUCCCCUGCUUGAGCCCAGCGCUGCAUGUCCCUCCCAAGAAGCCCAGAAUGCCUGCAAAUUGCUGUAAUUUUAUACCAUGUUCUAACCAAUAAACAGAACUAUUUCUUACAUGGUCAA